CAUGCUAUGACUAUUUCAGCAUGGAAUGAUCUCACUGGGAAACCUUGUGAUGCUCUAAAUAAUUGGGCUGAGAAAUUUAAUGUUGUUGGUUUUACUGCCCUCAAGACCCGACACACACGAGGAUUCACUCUGAAUACAACCAUGUCCACCAAAAUCAUUCUAAAUCCCAAAGGAGCACGAACAGAUCUGCUUCGAGAAUGGGUUAACUUAUAUCAGCAUGUAUUGCAAGAUAGGCAAGAAAGGAUUCUGAAUGUCAGAUACCCAAGCACUGAAAAGAAAGUUGUGACAAUAGCUGAGCUGAGAAGUAAAAAAGGUCCUCAAUUCACUGAACUUAUUAUACAUGGGAAAAAAAAACUUAUAAUACAUAGCAUUUAGGACAGCUAUAUAUUUGCCUAUUUAGUAAUACCUUGUUAACAACAUUGAUGCAGGCAGCUAAUGCAACACCAGAUGAAGUUGCUUGGAUCAAAGUCACAAUUCCAGAGGCUGACUUACAGAGAGUGAAUGCAUACAUAGGGUGUCUUGGCUGUGGAAAGCGGUCACACCUUGCACUUGGGACUCGCUUCCCUUGCAUUUCUUGCAGGAAGGCAGACACUACUGCUGCCCAUAAGUAUACUUUUAGCCCACAGUUUAGUUUUUUAAAAACCUCUAUAAUUAUUAUACAUAAACUAACACUUUGUUCACCUGGCAUGUGUACUGUUAUAGAGUUACUUUCAAUUUCGAAGCUGUUGAUGACACUGGUACAAUGUCAUUUACAACUUUUAGCGAUGAUACAGAGAAACUUUUCCAAAAGACAGCAGCUGAAAUUUGGGAUAUGAAAAUCAAUGUAAGGAAUCCCAUCACUGUUAUGAUCUUUAACGUUGUGCAGUUUUUAAAAUUUUUCCAGCUUUGUAUAUGCUUUUGUGAGUAUAAUUGUUCAUCAUGAUAUGCAUGUACCGAUUAUUAUAAAUUCCAAAAAAAAAAAAAAAAGGGAAGGAAGGACUGUUUGAUUACAAUACUUUCUGUUACUUAGUCUUUUAUUCUCCAAAAAAAAAAAGGGUAAAUAAUUUUGCCUUCUUCACAUGCUAUAUACUGAUUAUUUAUGCAUGGUCAUGAACAUUAUGGGGAAAUUGGGAGGCUUUUAAAGCUGUACAAGACAGGCUAUCAGUGGAGCCUUUUUUCAUUCAAGUAACUCCGACUCUAGAGUUAGCAAGGAAUAAUGUUCUAUUAUGGACACUGAAAUCUGUCGAUGUCGAAGGUGCACCAACGAGCAACAAUGUGCCAGGUUCAUCAUCUUCUAAUCUGAACAGACAUCAGUUCCCUUCUACAGCUGGUAAGGGACUGCCAGCACCACAAAUGAUCGGAACUGAUGUUGCACCAGCUGCCACAUCUAAGGACCAUGGUAAAGUACCCGCUGUUCCUAACUUAGAAGGUGAUACUGAUUACAGUGAAGAGAACACGGAAAAAACCUGAUGAGGUUCUUGCUGAAAUAGCCCAGUUUCAUGAGUUCAAACUAGCUUCCCAAGCAUUUGAGAGAGAUUGCUUUGAUGUCUCAUUCCAGCCAGCAACUACGGGCAUCACAAUUUCUGAAGCACCAACACCAGUGACAGACCUUCCUACAUGGGCCACUCUUGGUCGCACUCGUAGCAAAGCUAAGAACAAAGAGCCAAUGGAAGCUAAUGAUGCGCAGGAGUCGGAUGAUGAAGACCAGGGUCCAAGGAAGAAACUCCAAACAGCCCUUUUCAAAGAGAAUGCAGAAAAAGACAAGUAACAACCAGGAAUCACCUUGAAGUCUCCCUACCAGCUUGCAUGUGAAGCCAGUUUAAGAAGUAUAAGUAUUUGCCUCCUUUUGCUUUUAAAGUAUUAGAAUGAAUCAAGUACUAUAGUAUGGUACAUUGCUAGGGUUAAGGUCAGGUAUCUUUUGGAUGUUUAGAAAGAACAUUUUGCACAUCGUGUGUUCUCUAUAAACAUCAGCUGUAUAUACAGCACUAAGCUUUGUAGUAGCACCUAAUCUGCAGUUAUGUCUUAGAAAGCCUUCUAUUAUGUACAUAGUACUAGCAAAAUAAGUAUGAUGUAUUAACUUGUAUCCUUAAAUCAGGAUGCUUAUCUAUAAUAUAACU